AUGGGUAAUUUCAGAUUUCCCAUAAAGACCAAACUACCACCCGGGUUCAUUAAUGCCCGUGUACUAAGGGACAACUUCAAAAGACAACAAUUCAAAGAAAAUGAGAUCCUGAUUAAAUCCUUGAAGUUCAUUGCCAGAAACUUAAAUUUACCAACAAAAUUGAGACUAGAAGCUCAGUUGAAGCUAAACACGCUGCCCAACUACAUGAGAUCUACACAGAUUAAAAAUAGAUGCGUCGACUCGGGUCAUGCAAGGUUUGUGCUGAGUGAUUUUAGAUUAUGCAGAUACCAGUUUAGAGAAAAUGCUUUGAGCGGUUCUUUGCCUGGCGUUAAAAAGGGUAUCUGGUAA